AUGCUUUCCAAGAAUUUUCAAAAAUGGGGCAUUUUCCAUGAAAAUUUGUCUGUUGAUGAAAUGAUCGUCCGGUAUUAUGGUCAUCAUACACUGAAACAGUUUAUAAAAUCUAAACCUAUUAGAUUUGGGCAUAAAUUCCGGGCUCUGUGUGGCAACGAUGGAUACUGUUAUAACUUUGCACUGUAUUGUGGAAAGGAAACAAAUACUUCCGAAUCUGACAAACUGCCUUUAGGUACAAAAGUGGUGCUAAAUCUACUAUCUAUUGUAGAAGAUCCGAAGAGCCAUCGUGUUUAUUUUGAUAAUUUUUUUACCAGUCAUGCGUUACUAAAAAAACUGAAAGAACUGAAGUUUAGAGCUAGUGGAACAAUUCGAGAAAAUCGUACUGAAAAAUGCCCAAUAAUGGAUGACAAGAAAAUGAGUAAGAAAGAGAGAGGAUUUUACGAUAGUAAAUUUGACACAACAAAUGAAAUUCUUGUUGUCAAAUGA